CCUGAACACAAAAAAACAAGAGCAGCCAUGGUUGAGUGGACUGAGCAGGAGCGCAGCAUCAUCAGCGGCAUCUUUGCCAACCUGGACUAUAACGACAUCGGCCCCAAGGCUCUGUGCAGGUGUCUGAUCGUUUACCCCUGGACUCAGAGGUAUUUCGGCUCCUUCGGAAACCUCUACAACGCUGAGGCCAUCAAGACCAACCCCAACAUCGCAGCCCAUGGAGUGACGGUGCUGCACGGUCUGGACCGGGCUGUGAAGAACAUGGACAACAUCAAGGCCACCUACGCCGAGCUGAGCGAGCUGCACUCCGAGAAGCUGCACGUCGACCCCGACAACUUCAGGCUGCUGGCUGACUGUCUGAGCAUCGUCAUCGCCGCCAAAAUGGGAGCCGGCUUCACCCCAGACACCCAGGCCGCCUGGCAGAAGUUCUUGGCCGUGGUGGUGUCCGCUCUGGGAAGGCAGUACCACUAAACCCCAGCAGCCUCCGCCCCUGGUCACCCGAGGGAGAUCUCUAACGUCUGUUCACAUGUGUUAUGUGUCUCCUUCAUGAAGAAAUAA